UCUCUUAAACUAUUAUUAAGAAUUUCUUGUUCUUUUUUAUUUAUUUAUUUAUUUAUUCUUAUUCUUAUUCUUAUUCUUAUUCGUCUUUGCUUUCUUUAUCCUUUAUAUGACAGAAAUUUCAUUUGAAUAUUUUGACCCUGAAUAUGAACUGGGAAAUUUAGACAAAAAUGGUAAACCUAUUAAACCUCGUAAGAAGCCAGGACGGAAACCAAAUCCUCCAACACCUGCUCAAAGGAAAGCCCAGAAUCGUGCCGCUCAAAGGGCCUUUAGAGAACGUAAACGACAUGAAAUGUUAAAUGCAGAAAUAAAUGUAAAACGAUGUUUAAUUAUGCGAGAUCAAGCUUUAAAGAAAGCACGACGUUUGAGACGCAAGUUAGAUGAAGUAAUGUAUGAAAACAAUUUUCUAAGAGGACAAGUACUCACUUUAAAGGUAGCUUGUAUGGCAAAUCGAGUGAAUGUGCCCAAAUUUUGGGACACUGGAAAACGAGAUAAAAUGGGUUCAGAUAUAACAACAUGUUCAAGACAUAAAGGUAUACCGCAGUCUAUGGAAUUCUUUUUAGAUCGAAAUGGAAAGAUAAUUACAAUGGAAGAAAAUGCUUCUGCAUGCUCUACAGAUAAUAGUGAUUCUACAACUCAACGAACUCCUUUUGUUUCCCCAGAGAAUAACCAUUCACAAACAACUUCAGAUGAUGAUGAUGAUCCUAAUAAAAUGGAUAUGAUUUUUUCUCUAUUGCCACAUACCUCUCCUGAAAUUCAAACUGAUUCUUAUACUACAAAACAAUCCAACUAUAACUAUUCUGAUUUUGAACAAGUUGUAACCAACAUUCUUCAAAAUACAAAUGCAUCGCUGGAUCCAUCUUUAAUGCACUUUAUCUUUGAACAACAACCAGAUAUAAUUACAGAAAUGAUUCAAACAAUGAAGGAUGUACCACCUGAACUUUGGCUUAGUAUGGUUCCACCUGAAUUUUCACCAUUUAUUCCACCUGAAAUACAUUCUCUUUUAAAUAACUUUACUACUACAAAAUUGAAUUCUUUUUCAAAGGAUAAACUCAAUAAUUUACAAACGGUAAACGAUAUAUCUUCUUUAACAUCACCGCCCUUAUCUACACACCAUCUUCCAGAACAAGAGCUUAAUAUUUCGGUUGAUAAUGAUUUCUGGUCAGAGGCUAGUACAGUAGACCACGAAAAAAUUUAUGUAGCCGGACCUAUUGCACCAUUAGAUGCUGUUAAACAAAUGCGUACCAUGCGAGAACAAAACGAUAAUCGAUAUCUUCUUACUCCAACCGAACUUCAACGACGUAUUCCUCAUGAUCCACGUAUUGAUUUAAUCCCAGGUCCUACUAUGCGCGAUUAUAUGAUUAUCUUUCAAGAUUUUUACGAUACAAAUGAACUUUUCAGAUUUUUACUGGAGUCUGCUGUCUUUAUAGGAGGUGAAUUAGGUAACCCGGAUUGUUGGUUUGUUCCUCCAAGUUUUAUUGCAAAAUACUGGUUUCUAUGUCCUAAUUAUAAACCAACAAGACCAGAUAAUUCAGUAGAAUUAGCUGUAUUUUUCGCAGAGAGAAUGCUGGAUAGUUUAAAGAAAAGGAAGGCUAUGUAUAUUAUGAGAGAUCAUUAUUCAGAUUAUUUUAUGCCAGUGCAGCAAGAUGAUGUAGAAGUGGAUGAUGAUGAUGAUGAGAAUGAUGAUGAUAAUGGUAUGUGUAGUAGUGAUAUAAAUAAUGAAGAAAAUACAAACGAAGAAGAAAAUGAGAAUACAAGUGAUAUAGUGUCAUUACUAUUAGAAGAAAAAGAUGAUAAUAUGCGUAUUGAUAUACUUGCUAUAAAUACAAUUAAUAAGGAAGAUAUUCCUCGUAUAACCUCACCUAAUGUAUUUACAAUAUAAUUUAAUAAAUAAAAAAAAAUAAAAAAAAAAAGACCAAUUUAAAUUUAAAAAUCUGGCUAAUUUUUUCGUUAAUUUGACUAAUUGAGGGUACACCUUUUGCCAAAACAGUGUCGCUGUU